AUGACGCUUUUUCUUGAUCUAUUUCGUGGAUUGAAUGCUGAACAAAGGGAGGUGUUUGAUUAUGUAUGUGAUUGUGUUGAUAGACGGACGGGUGGUGUUGUUUUUGUUUUUGGUAGUGGAGGGACGGGAAAAACGUAUUUAUGGAAGACUCUCAUUUCCUAUUUUCGUUCACGUGGCCAAAUCGUCUUGUCUGUUGCUUCUUCUGGGAUUGCCUCUCUUCUACUACCUGGUGGUCGUACAGCGCAUUCGCGUUUUAAGAUUCCCUUUGAACUUGAUAAGGAUUCUUGCUGCUCGAUUGAUGUUGGGACGGAUCUUGCUGGGCUGAUUAAUGAUGUUGCGCUUAUAAUAUGGGAUGAGGCACCGCUACAACAUCGUUAUGCAUUUGAAGCGGUUGACCACCGUCGAGUAUUUGGAGGGAAAUGUGUCGCUCUUGGAGGAGAUUUUCGACAAAUUCUUCCUGUUAUUCCGCUUGCUCUGCGUAAUGAGAUUGUUGCUUCGGUUGUGAAUAAGUCAUCGACUAUAUGGGGUGCAUGUAAGGUGUUUUCUUUAACGAUUAAUAUGCGGUUGAAUAGUUCAAGUGUUAAUGAUGAUGUUGUAAUACAACAUCGAGAUUUCAAUAAGUGGAUUUAG